CUCCUUCUCCCACACAUAUCAUUAUUCUCAAGCAUAUCUGUAACAUUCUAUCUCUCAGAGCAGCCAUGGACUACUUGAUGAACUCUGUGCUGAACUUGGUGGUUCCUCCGGCGAGUAUGGCCAUGCUGGCCUUCUCAUGGCCGGCACUGUGCUUUAUCAACACCUGUGAGUGGCUUUAUCGCAGCUUUAAUGGUGAGGAUAUGGACGAUAAGGUCGUCAUUAUCACUGGUGCUUCUUCUGGCAUCGGAGAGCAAAUUGCAUAUGAAUAUGCAAAGAGGAGAGCAAAUUUAGUGUUGGUGGCACGCCGAGAACAACGGCUGCGAUGGAUUGCAGAGAAUGCGAGACUAAUAGGUGCAAGUCAUGUCAUAAUUAUGGCUGCAGAUGUAGUCAAGGAAGAUGAAUGCAAGAGAUUUGUCAAUGAAACCAUAAGCAUUUUCGGUCGCGUGGAUCAUCUGGUGAAUACAGUAAGUCUGGGACAUACAUUUUACUUUGAAGAAGCUGCAGACACAUCGGUUUUCCCGCUUCUUCUGGACAUUAAUUUCUGGGGUAAUGUUUACCCAACAUUUGUGGCUCUCCCUUACCUUCAUCAGAGCCAUGGCCGUGUUAUUAUCAACGCAUCGGUAGAAAACUGGUUGCCUCUGCCAAGGAUGAGCUUGUAUGCUGCUGCAAAGGCUGCAUUAGUGAACUUCUAUGAGACACUAAGAUUUGAACUGAAAAAUGAGGUUGGAGUUACCAUAGCAACACAUGGUUGGAUUGGAAGUGAAAUGACAAGUGGCAAGUUCAUGAUGGAGGAUGGUGCAGAUAUGCAGUGGAAGGAAGAAAGAGAAGUGCAUGUGAGUGGUGGAUCUGUUCAGGAGUUCGCGAGAUUGAUCGUAUCAGGGGCAUGUCGAGGCGACACGUAUGUGAAGUAUCCAAGUUGGUACGAUGUUUUUGCACUAUUCCGAGUGUUCACUCCCAACAUUCUCAGUUGGGUCUUCCACUUACUGAUUUCACCCGAAGGUGCCAGAAGAAGUUCCUCUCUUUUAGGUACUGGAAGACCUGUAGCUUAUUCUGUAGGCAGUCUCUCUGACUAAAAACUUGGAUCAAAAUCUCUUGCA